GCACGACCCGCCUGAUAGCAAAUCACAACAACAGACUGUACUAUAGCUAGCAAAAACACGGCUAAACCACUUAAAUGUGGGCUGGAUCAUAUAUUUAACCAGAGUUCUCACUCCAAAGCGGCAGUUGGCGAUAUUGAGCUAACAUACUAACCAACCUCCUGUGAAAACCCACGAAGAAGAAAACCCGGAAGUUAGCCUCAUGUGGUCAUGUGUGUUUUCCAAGCGUAGGUGAACACACUUGCUACAGAUAAGGGAUCAAAUAAAUCACAUUUCAGGGACGCGUCAGCUCACUAGAUAACUCACAAUGGCCUCGUAUACCUGCAUCAGCUGCCGAGUGGCCUUUACAGACGGCGAGGUGCAGCGAGCUCACUACAAAACCGACUGGCAUCGCUACAACCUGAAGCGCAAAGUGGCCGACAUGCCCCCGGUCACCGCAGACAACUUUCAGGAGCGCGUCUUAGCGCAGCGAGCGGCCACGGAGCAGCACCUGAGCGACGCUGCAGCCACUGAAGGCUGCGUCGUCUGCAACAAGAAGUUCUCCAGCGCCAACGCCUACCAGAACCACCUGCAGUCCCACAAACACCAGCAAGCCGAGAAGCAGGCCCUGCUCGUCGCCCAGAGGAGAGUGGAGAAGAUGAACGAGAAGAACCUGGAGAAGGGACUCGGCGACGAGAAGGUGGAUCACGACGCCAGGAACGAAGCCCUGCAGCAGGCGCUGAAGGAGCAGCUCAGGCCGAGCCCGGCGAAGCAAGGGAAGAUCCAGACACCAGAAGGAGCGACGAAGCAGGAGAAGCCUCCCAGGAUGAUGUGGCUGGAGGAGCAAGCCAAGAGGAGAGAGAGGGAGGAGGGAGCCACAGCUGGAGAAGAAGUCUGGGAGGACAUUGAUGGGGACGACGACGACGAUGAUGAUGAAGAGAUUGAAGAGGAAGAAGAUGAAGAAGAGACGAUGGACCAAGAUGGAGACUCUGCGGCUUCCUCUGACCUCCACCCCGCCGCUCUGCCGGGCUCCAUCCCCGUCACGGACUGCCUGUUCUGCUCCCACCACUCCAAGACGCUCAUGAAGAACAUCGCCCACAUGACCAAAGUCCACGGCUUCUACAUCCCUGACGUGGAGUUCCUCGUGGACCUCAGAGGCCUCGUCCGCUACCUCGGAGAGAAAGUGGGGGCGGGGAAUGUGUGUUUGUGGUGUAACGAGAAGGGGCGAUCGUUCUACUCAGCUGAAGCGGUGCAGAGUCACAUGACAGACAAAGGCCACUGUAAGCUCUUCGCAGAGGGGGACGCCGCUCUGGAGUUCGCCGACUUUUACGACUUCAGGAGCAGCUACCCGGACAGGAAGGAGGGAGAGGAGGCUGAGGUGGACGGAGACGAGCUGCCGGAUGAUAAGACUCUGGAGUACGAUGAUGAAACGUUGGAGCUGACUCUCCCUUCAGGAGCCAAGAUCGGACACCGCUCCCUCAUGCGGUACUACAAACAGCGGUUUGGUUACCAGAGAACGGUGGCCUUGAGCCACAAUAGGAACGCUGUGGGCCGAGUCCUCCGGCAGUACAAGGCGCUGGGCUGGGGAGGAGACGGAGGAAGCGGCUUCUAUCAGAAACCAAAGGACAUGCAGUACGUCCAGAUGAUGAAGUCCAAGUGGAUGCUGAAGAUGGGCAUGAGCCACAACACCACCAAGCAGAAGCACUUCAGAGCCCAAGUCAUGUUCUAAACUGAGCGACGGAACGAGGCUCAAAAUGAACGAACUGGUGGAUUUGAAGCAUUUCAGAGCUUUACUGAAAUCACACACAGCUGCAGCCGCUUCCUCUCGCAGCGUCAGGAGAAUGUACGACGCUGUGUAGAGGAACGCAGCCGUGUUGAUUUGAGGUCUUUGACACAAACCUACAUGAAGAUUGAUUUUCAUCUUUGGAGUCUUGUGUAGGUUAAAAAAAAGGUGGAAAACAAAACUUCUGUACAGAUCUGUGAUGUUUCAGCGCUAAAGGUCUACGUCAUGCUAGCUUGAAGCUGGAUUCAGACUCAAAUGAAGGCUCAGAAAACACCACUGGUGGAAGUUUAAGCAUGAAUCAGAGAUACAAAAUCAAGUCAAGUCUUCAGUAAAUCAAUAUAAGAGGUGAUUUUAUUAUUUUACUCAUCAGUAACAUCAUCAACAGAAACACAGCAGAUGAUUUCAUGAGCUUCUAAUUCAUUCAACUAAAUAAAGGUGUUUCAUAUUUAUGUGAAA